UUACUGUGAGGCGGACGGGCGGGAGCAACGGUUGCGGAGCGCAGGUACCGGUGAGGGAGGGAAGAAUCGAUGGAUAGAUGAACGGUGGUUCAAGGUGCAACAUGGCUGAUAAAAACAGUAAAGGGGAUGAUACUUCUGUAGAGCCUUUGGGAACGGAUAAACUGCCAACUGAAAGCAAAGGAAAAGCAAAAUUGACAGCCCAGGUCAUGCAGAAUCCACAAGUCUUGGCAGCUUUACAAGAAAGACUUGACAGUGUAACACACACUCCUUCCAGCUACGUUGAAACUUUACCUAAAGCUGUAAAGAGAAGAAUAAAUGCCUUGAAACAUCUUCAGGUCAAGUGUGCCCAUAUAGAAGCCAAAUUUUAUGAGGAAGUUCAUGAGUUGGAGCGGAAAUAUGCAGCCCUUUACCAGCCGUAUUUUGAAAAGAGACGAGACAUAACAACAGGGAAUGUAGAACCGACAGAUGCAGAAUGCGAAUGGCAUAGUGAGGAUGAGGAAGAGUUAGCAGAAGAAAUGAAAAAGAAAGCAGCAAUUGAGGAAAAGAAGGAAGAAACUGAGCAAGAGGAGAAUCCCAAAGGAAUUCCUGAUUUCUGGGUCACAAUAUUCAGAAAUGUCGAUAUGCUGAGUGAGCUUGUGGAGGAGCACGAUGAGCCUAUCUUAAAACACUUGCAGGAUGUCAGAGUAAAGUUCUCAGAACCCAAUGAGCCUAUGAGUUUUACAUUAGAAUUUCACUUUGAGCCAAAUGAUUACUUCUCAAAUUCUGUGUUAACUAAAACGUACAAGAUGAAAUCUGAACCAGAUGAGACUGACCCUUUUUCCUUUGAGGGCCCAGAAAUUGUUGACUUUGUAGGAUGUACUAUUGACUGGAAGAAAGGAAAGAAUAUAACUGUAAAAACUAUUAAAAAGAAACAAAAACAUAAGGGUCGAGGGACUGUCCGAACCAUCACCAAGCAAGUACCAAAUGAUUCCUUCUUCAACUUCUUUAAUCCAUUAAAAGUUUCUGGACAUGGUGAGGCAGAAAUGGAUGAAGAGUUUAAUUUAGCGACAGAUUUUGAAAUUGGGCACUUUUUCCGUGAACGGAUAGUCCCUCGAGCAGUCUUGUAUUUCACUGGAGAAGCCAUAGACGAUGAUGAGGAUUAUGAGGUGGAGGAAGGUGAAGAAGGUGAAGAGGAGGAUGAUGAUGAUAUUGAGGAGGAGGGGGAUGAAGAUGAUGAUGCUGAGAUUGAUCCUAAAGUAUAAUUCAUAUCUCAGUAAAACAAAUUACGUUUCUAGAAAGAAUCCAACCAGCCUGCUGAAUGCAAGCAGCAAUAGGAGCGUGGUACCAAGAAAACACCACUGCCUAGAGACUGAUGCCAUGUGAUAAAGUGUAUCUAAAAUACUCUUGUGCAGUUGAGGUGACGCCCUCUCUUUUCCCCCCCACUGCAGCACAAUCUUAUUAAGCUAAACACUAUGUUUUAAAUGCAUGGAUUGCUCUUUAACUUCAAAUUUUCUUUUCCUACUUUUGGCUUACUUUUACAGUGGAAAAAUUACAAAAACCUCUAUUUCAAAAAUACAGAAGUGUUUCAGACUGUAAGGUCAAGCAAGCAUGCACUCUGCAGCCUAAACACUGGUAUUUUGAAAUGUAGUGAGUGUUACACGCUUGUCACUUGCAAAUAGGGGCAGCAUUGCUCAGUGAGUCGGUAGUGAUUUUCAUGGACUUCUGAGGUGCAUCUUUCCUGUGCUGCCCAAUAUUUGUGAGCAGCCACUUAGUUUAUAGUUAAGCAUUUCCUUUGCUAUUAAGAAUUAUAUUUAAACGCUUUCAGAAGCUUAAUUUUUGACCCAAUGUGACUGCGCUGUGGUCGUCAUUACUAUUGAUUAAAACAGCAAGGGUUAACAGAAAUAUAUAUGUACUGAGAGGCUGCUCUGAAAUGUUGCGGCCACAAACUUAUUUAUUACCAUUACACACAACUUACUAACCAGCACGUUGGGGAAAAUAAAACGAUCACCUGGGCACAUUAGCUCCAGUUGCAGCCACUCCGUCUCCAGAAAAGAUGCAUAUUAAGAUGCUGUGAGAGUCAUUGCCAGUUUCCUGUGGAAGUAAAAUCUUUAACACAGAUCUAUUUUUUUUUAUUUUUAUUAAUUGAGUGUCCAGCACACAGCACUGUGUCCAGGCAUAGAGUGCUCCAGCCUUACCUUGUUCUACACAGUUGUAAUGUACCUUAAUAUGCUGUUUUCAAUUUGUACAGAAUAGUCAGAGUAUUCUAAUAAAGUUGUGCAACAUUAAAUAUG